AUGUCAUUGCGUCCUCUAGGAUAUCAGUGCAACCUAUCCUAUGCGCAAUUCUUCCGCAAUGGACCGCAAACACGACACAAUAUAACACAACACCUAAGAUCCUUUUCUCAAUUACGCGACACCCAUUGCACACAUCGCUGGUCUGCGACAAGUCCGCACCAUGCCAACAAACCUUCGUUUUCGCUACGGAGCUUGCUCGGUGAUCUCUUGAGACCUGCACACACUCCCCGGAGCCAUGGCAAGGGAUCAUGGACUCAACAAUGUCGCCAUGAGACGACUGCUGCCAAAGAGCCAGAACUCUGCGUGCACUGUGGGGCAAACACCAUUCCCAAGGCUCGAAGACACGUCGAAGCUGGCAAUCUCUCUAGCGGCUGGCACUGCAAAGCGUGUGUUCGGAACAUCCGUACCCAUGGCCAUCUACCAAAUGAGGAACAACUUGAAGCGAUCCAUCGGCGAAGACUGGUCAGGGCGAGUGGAGAGGCAAGCAAAAUAAGUCCAUGCAGGCACUGCGGCACGAUGACUGCCCCGAGAAGUAGCCGUAAAUUCAUUGACACGAAUAACCCUGCUGCUGGGUUUCACUGCCGGACAUGCGUUCGACAUUUCAAUCAUCACGGUAACCUCCCAACCGAGCAAGAUCUCGCAGCGUUCCAGUACCGCAAAGAGAUGCGGAGUAGGCGUCCUACUGCCGCCCAAAAAAAGAAAGCAGAAGAUAUUUCGAGAGAAUCCAUGGCUCACAACCAUUCCAAAUCCCCCAAACAGAUGAAACAGAGCCGCGGUGAAUAUCCCUGCAUGCACUGUGGUGACAAAACCAUCUCCAGCAGCAAGCGUAGGCUUGUUGAACCCCAGAAUCCUGCGGCAGGUUACUACUGCCAGCCAUGCACGCGGUCUCUACUUGAAAAUGACGCCUUACCCAGCACCGUCAAAAUUGCCGCGCUCAGAAAGCUCAGAGAGACCCGUAUGCAAAGCAACCCCCGAGUCUUGAAGAGCCCUUGUCUGCACUGCGGUGAGAUCACCGCCCCCAGCAGCAAGCGCCGACUCGUGGAGUCGAAGAACCCACAGUCCGGGUAUUACUGCCGCGCCUGUGCGGACUGUUUAAUUGAAACCAAUUCGCUGCCCAGCGAUAUACGUCUUGCAGUUCGCCGAGCGCGAGAGCAGGUCAGGCUGAAAAACUUGCGGGCCAGUCAAUCUAAACAAUCGCAAUCUCCGGUCUCUGGGGAGAGAGAAGCCACAACGGAUACCCCCACAGACAAGACCGCAAAGGCUUGUGCGCACUGCAAAACCGAGGAAACCACGGGCCCCUGA